UGAAUUGUUCCAAACGCGCGUGCACUCGCCUUACAAGCGCCUGGAAAUAACAACAGAAAGACGCGUAGCACCUUGGGUUUUUACUGCCCGGAAACCGGUGAGACAAGUACCCAGCUAAUUGGCCACCUGUUCUCCCAAGUAGGAACAUUUCGAUCCUUCAAUUUUUUAAUCCCCUACACAUUCAACUUUCCAUCAUUUCAAUCCUCUGAUUCAAUCGUUUUCAUUGGAAAAUUUUAAUCAUGACGAAGGGCAAGAAUACCUUUAACCGUGACCGUGGCCGCGGCCGCCGUCUGCCGCCAGGAGCCGUCCCAGGAAGACUAAUCAGCCUUCGUCCUCCUCCCGGUCGAGCACCACCCGCCAGCAGGACCGAUGACAGUCUUAAUCCGAUGCUUGCAAUCGCGUUCCCCCAUGCCGGGGGUUCCGACAACGUCGGGCUUCGUAUCGACCCUCCGGGACAGAAGAGAUCCCGUGAGACCGCUGAUGUAGGCGGUCGUGAUCGCCAGCAGAGACGACGAAUGGGACCGUCUCAAGCUAUGUGCGGCAAUUGCGAGCGUCUUGGUCAUAAAGCUCGUGAUUGUAUCCGAGUAGGACUGACGGGCUGCAUGGAUGGUGCUUGCCCCAAGUGUAACUAUCGAGGUCACCGCUACCAAGAUUGCCGCUUCCGCCGCAAGGAAGAGGACAUUGAUUAUUUAUUCUGGUACCGCCAGAAUAAGGGACCCGUUCUUGGCAUGAUGAAUGUCGGUCGACUGGUCAGCACGGCUAUCGCGACUGGCGAUCCUCGAUUCGCCGAGGACAAGCAAUUGGCCCGUCCGUACACUCCCGAGUUUGCGCUUGAGCGCGAGCAGAAUGAGGAUUGGCGAACUUAUCGCUACCAAUUCCCGGGAUCACCGGACAAGGAGGCAUCGGAACGAGUUUUCGAGCCCCAGUUUGUCGGUAUGACUCCUGCUCAGUUAGCUCUCUCUUUAGGCCACGUCGAGCAGCACGAUGGCGGUAAUGUAGCACCUCAAGGCCUUUUUGCUCCUUUGGCGGAGCCUCUCCCUUAUGGUGAAGCCUCAGUCAAGAACGAAAUCCCAUCCGAUGGUCCUUCGGAACCCAUCAAGCCCCCCGUUAGUGGUGGUACGGAUUCCGACAAAGGCAAGGAUGUCGCAGGCCCUUCAACUGAGGCAGAGGGCACCAAGAUAAGCACUUCCCCUGUGGAUGAGCCUGCAUUCUCCCCAGCCUCGACGGCCAAUUCUCAGCUGCCUAACUUCAAAGUCAGCGAGCGCGCUCCUAACCUCGAACGUCUGAUGACCGAAGCGCCGGACCCGGAGCUAGAGGCGAAGCCCUCGACUUGCUGGAACUGUGGCCGAUGGGGCCACCAGACCAACAAGUGUGUCGAACCUUGCGGUGCUUGCAACUCCAAGGAUCAUGUCUGGUCCCCCGCUUGUCCCGAGAAGGACAACGCUUGCGUAUGUGAUCCCUACCCACGCCACGUACGCUCAGAAUGCCCUGAGCUCUGCCAAUAUUGUCUCUACAUAGGCAACACGGAGAAGAUCCACCGCUGUCUCGAUUGCAAGGUAAUCUGCCACUUCUGCCUCGAAACCAACCACACCACACGCAAAUGCGCGCGCUUCCUCGGCACCCCCGAAGAACGCGAAGUCCGCAAGCGCUGCGGAGCCUGUCCCGGUCGUAAAUACCAUCUCUCCACCUUCUGCCCGAACAAAGUAUGUCCAAUCUUCGGCUGCGACAAGCCCUUCGACUGCAAGAAGCAUUGCAAAGGCUGCGGAAUGGACGUGGUGAACGACUGGCAGCUCAGAGUAGCCGGACUGCCACCGCACCACUGCCAGUGGAAGAAGGAGUGGGACUUUACUUGUGCGAACCCCUCAGGUCGACGUGUGUAUCUCUACUGCGAGAACGAUGCUAAGCAUACCCCGCGACGAGCGGAGGAGUUGCAGCAGUUGCGUAAGGAUGCCGUUGAGGAGGCGAUUAAUACCUCGGGACAUGAGGUGGAGAGUUGGACGGAGUGCUCGCAAUGCAAGGAGUAAUCCGUCACUACCUAGAAGCUAACCAGGUGCUUACAGAACGCUCAUGACCAACUGGAGGAUCGUGAAGGCGUCAAAUUGCAGUAACAGAGAAUGAAGCUACGAGGAAGGGGUGUCUACAGGGUCUCGUGUGGGAUAUGGAAAUCCUCUCUUCUGUACUUAGGUUAGAUAGCAAUAGGCUCGGGCUUUUCACCUGCGUUAUAAUUCAUUUUCGUAAAUUCUCAA